GUUCCAUCUUCCAGCUCUUCCCUGUCCUCAGCUGCUCCAUUCGUUUUCAGACCUGCUACCAUCCUGCCAGUAUCAAAACCGGAGAACCUGCCUUCCGUGUUUCAGCCUGGUGCCUCGGCACCCGCACUUCACCCUGAUGUCUGUACCCAGCCUGAUGUCUGUACCCAGCCUGAUGAACUGAUCCAGCCUGAUGAUCCUAUCACGCUGAUGACCCAGUGCCCGCUGUCGAGCCAGACGAUCCAAUGCCUGAUGACCCAGUACCCGCGGUCAUACCUCUUGACCCGAUGCCCGCUGUCGAGCCAG